AUGGUCAAAGAAAAACUGGGCACGUGGGAGCGACGCUUCCUCUGCAUCACUGCUAAGAAACUGCUCAUCAGGCUGUGCAUAGACCCCCGGGAAGCAAACAGCAACUGUCAAUAUGUGCUGAGGUUCUACCUGACCCGGUGUCACAAGGAUGGGUCUGGCCGUGUUAACGUGGAACACCACCUAUCACUUGUGGAAAAUUUUAUGCAGAAAAACACCUUUGAGGACAACUCCAUCCAGCUGUGGUACCCACUGCUACAGAUCUACAGGAAUAUUCAGGAAAAUUUGAGGAAGGAGAGUUACUCCAUCUACAUCUACAAAGUGAUGAAGCAGGUUCACCCCGACACCGGCAUCUCCUCCAAGGCCAUGAGCAUCAUGAACUCGUUCGUGAAAAAUAUUUUCGAGCGCAUCGCGGGUGAGGCUUCCCGCCUGGCCCAUUACAACAAGCGCAGCACCAUCAGCUCCCGGGAGAUCCAGACCGCCGUGCGCCUGCUGCUGCCCGGGGAACUGGCCAAGCACGCCGUGUCGGAAGGGACAAAGGCGGUGACCAAGUACACCAGCUCCAAGUAAAACCCCAGAACUGACUGAAAAACACAUUCACAACACAACGACUCUUUUAAGAGCCACCCAC